UGCAGACUAUUAGUGGCUUACUCAACACACAUUCCUCAAGCUGCAGGCGCGGCGGAGACCUCAGCGUGGGGAGGAGGCUGAUGCGCCGCGGUGCCCACUGCAUGGCGAGGCCCGGCAGCUGUCCUUCGGGAUACUGAUGAGUAGCGAAGCAACGGCUAUCGAUUACAUGCGGGGCCGUUCACUCGCAUGGGGAGUGGGGGUGGGGGAUGAGAUCUGCUAGCAAAGGAGGCGGCAGCAGCAACAACAGUUAGUCGAGGACGAUCGUGGAGGGGCGAACUCCAAGAUCAUGCUACUAGCAUUUGUCAUCAGGUAGAAUUGGAUCAUCGUCGGGCCCCGCCCGAUGGGCCGUCUAACCUCGUAUGUCGGUGUGAUCUAUACGCUCUGCAGCUAACCAGAAGCAGCAGUGGAUGUGUUUUUUUUAAGUAGCUAGAUUUUCUGGUGUCUGAGGGGCCGGCUAUCACUGACGCCGGUAUGUGGGCGGAGUGGGCUGAGUGGUGGUGAACUAGUCAUACAUCUGGGAUCUUAGUAGACUGGGCUGGGAGAUGCGGAGGAUGCGAUCUAGAGGGGUCGCAGUGCAUGCUUAGAUCGGUGCGCUGUGGCAAGUGUGGUUUCCGUUUUUUUUCUCUCUGUGUUGGUUCUUCAAGGGUCGAGGAAUUGGGGGGAGAUGGCGGAGAGUGGGAAGGAUGGGCGGGGCUCGAGGCGGCCACUGCUGGUAGCCAUGAAGGGGCACCCAGGGUGUGGCAAGACGACGGUGUCUCGCGCCAUAGCCAAAGCGUUGCAUUGCCCCGUGGUGGACAAGGACGACAUCCGCGACUGCAGCAUGGAUCUCGAGUGCCCGUGCGUCAUGUCGUGCACAUGCGAGAGCAAGACGUUUAACUUCACCUCGCACAAGCUCAACACGCUGUCGUACGUAGUGAUGUGGAGGGUGACGGAGACGCAGCUGGAGCUCGGGCUGGAUGUUGUGGUGGACUGUCCGCUGGAGCGCCCAGGUCUCUUCGAUAAAGCUGUCGCGCUCAGCGAAAAGUUCGGCGCGACGCUCGUGAUUGUGGAAUGCUACUCGGGGGACAAUCAAAUAUGGAAGGAGCGACUGGAGAGCAGGGCGGAGCUGGGCAUGUCUGAUACUCAGAUCGUGUUCACAACUCGGCCUAGCUUAGGCAGGGACGAGCAUGACUUUUAUCAUCUGGAAUCGAACGAUACUCCUCGUAGUCGUGUUCUCACCAUGGAUUCUUCCGAUCUUCCUCAGUUAGCUGCGCGAAAGCUUGGCGCCGAAACCGAGACUCGGAAGACGGUACUGGACGUAGGAUUCGGGGGCCCAACGGCGCCUCCCUCGAAACGGUGGCACAAGCCGGCACGGUGGUCGGAUAUUGAGAAAAUCCUUGAAAAGUAUGCAGGCUGCUUCAAGUAUGACACAGGCUCAACUAAGAAGAUCAUGGUGGACACUACAGCGGUUCCCAGCCAAGAGGCUGUGGAUGCAGUGCUCCGGUGGCUUGAAGCGCUAGACUCCACCACUGAGCUGGUAACCUAUUACCCUUGAAAAAACAAUUGCUCCAUCAACUAGUAAGAGCGACCCCAUCUAGUUUGUACAGUGCUACCAGCAGUUGUUUAAAACUACUAUAUCGCAGAUUCUUUUUUUCCUUUUUCUUCCUUUUUGGGUGUUUUUCGAUGAUUCCGGCAACCUCGACGCGUUCAAUUCCAACGGAAGGGACAGCUCUGCUGCAACCAAAGCUUGCGUGGGCGAAAUGGUCUCCAAGGUUUCCCUAAUACAGAUGAACUCUGCUUUAGAUACUUAUUCUGCGCUUUUGCAAUCCUCUGAAGCGUUUGGAUUGUGUGACUAGCAAGCAAAUAAGAUGAGCGUCGUAUCUUCCUUGCCUUA